CAUGCCGUUGUGCUGUGCCAUGGGCUGUUUGGGUUUGACAAGAUGGGGCCUGAUGCGGUACCCCACCUACAAAUCCACUAUUGGAACGGCAUUCAAAAGGCCCUAACGAAGCUUGGGGCCAAGGUCGUAGUUGCGAAGGUGCCAAGAACGGGCUCGAUCAAGGAACGCGCAGAGGAUCUGCACAAAAUCCUGUCGACGACCAUGCAAGGCAUGUCCAUCAACUUUGUUGCUCAUUCCAUGGGUGGCCUUGAUUGCCGAUACUUGAUCAGCCAUAUCCAUGACAAGAACUAUGAUGUGCAAUCGUUGACGACACUGUCGACCCCUCAUAGAGGAUCGCCCGUGAUGGACUGGUUCAGGGACAACGUUGGUGUGGGAUUGUUCCCAAAGUCUGAGGAGGAAGCAAUGCGCAAGCUUGGCGAAGCAGCGAUGAUGUCUGGAGCAGUGGUCCAAGAGGCCUUGUCGGGAGCAGUGGUCCAGGAGGCCUCGGAAGCGCUACAUUCGAUGAUGGUCAACGCCACAGAACCUGCGCAUCCAUCCGCGAAACGUGCGGCACCUUAUGCGAGAGUGAUCACCCCUCUGUUGGAUCGAUUGAUCCCAUACUUGGACACACCCGCGUACGCGAAUCUGACAACGACUUAUUGCAGGGAGGUGUUUAAUCCGAAUACGCCGGAUGAUCCGAGGGUAUCUUAUUAUUCGUACGGAGCGUCAGUGCCGCAGAUCCCGUUGUGGGCGCCGUUGGGAUUCCCAUGGGAGGUAAUCAAGGCAAAGGAGGGGGAGAACGACGGAUUGGUGUCGACGAUGAGUGCGCGUUGGGGGCAAUAUGUGGACACGGUGGAGGCGGACCAUUGGGAUUUGAACAAUCGCUGGCGAUUGAAGAUUGGAUAUAACCAGAAGCCGUUUGAUGCGGUCGAACUGUAUAUGAACGUCGCGACACGGUUGUACAAGGAGGGCUUUUGAGACCGUAAAAUAGUUGUAUGAGGGAGGAGGAGGAGGAGGAAGGCUCUUUGAGAUCGUGCGGUGGGGGUCGUCGGGAGGACAUAGGCUAGUUCAUAGACUAACGACCACUAACCACACAACCUAAUAGUAAUAAUACAUGUAUAUUGGAUUUCAUAAGCAC